AAUAAUAAGUUUAUACAACACUGCAGCGGGAACUGUACAGCUUUACUCAUUCUGACUACAGCAAUUGUGUUGUUUCCUUCAGGAUGUGGUUGCUGGUGGUGAUGGUGUGUUUUUUGGUUUGGGCUGUCGGUACUUACUGGUACCUCUUUGGCAAACCGAGCCCUUUCUCAGUGGAGUCAGUUAGACCUCCGGGUCCAUUAGAGCUGGACCAGAAGAAGAGACACAAAAUUCUGAAGCAAGGCUUCAGGAAAGAAAAGGUUCCCGAGAAUCUGGAUGCCAUCGUGAUUGGCAGUGGCAUCGGUGGCAUGACAGCAGCAGCUACACUGGCCAAACUGGGCAAGAGAGUGCUCGUGCUGGAGCAGCAUGACCAGGCUGGAGGCUGCUGCCACACUUUCACUGAGAAAGGAUUCGAGUUUGACGUAGGACUACAUUACAUUGGUCAGCUACAUGAGAACAGUCUGUUUAAGAUCGUCAUGGACCAGAUCACAGAAGGACAACUACAGUUUGUGGAACUGGACAAGCACAUUGACACUAUAGUGAUAGGUAGCGGAGAGAAAAGCAGGAAGUACACAAUCUACAGCGGCAAAACUGAGAUGGAGGAGCAUCUGAAGGAGCAGUUCCCUGAUGAUACCAAAGCUGUAGAGGAGUUCUUCAAGAUCAUGAAGAUGUCAGCCAGGAACACACAUCUUUUGGCUGCACUAAAGCUGAUUCCUCAGUGGGUGGCACUGUUCCUGCUUAAGAGUGGCAUUGCCAACCUCUGCUCCUCCAUCUUUCGCCUUGUAGGCACUAAUGCCACUGCAGUUGCUGACAGUCUGACCUCCAACAAGGACCUCCACAUAAUCUUCUACUAUCUUUUCUAUGGCGUUCCACCCAAAGAGUCCAGCUGUGUGAUUAAUGCUUUGCUGUUGCACCACUACAAGCGUGGAGCGUACUACCCAAAAGGUGGCGCCAGUGAAAUCCCAUUCCACAUCACUAAGGUCAUCCAGAAAUUUGGCGGACGCGUGCUGGUCCGUGCUCCUGUAAAUCGCAUCCUGGUUGACAAUAAGGGAGCUGCAUAUGGCGUCACUGUGAAACAAGACCAAGAGGAUGUGGAAGUGCGGGCUCCUGUUAUCAUCUCCAACUGUGGAGUCUUCAACACCUUCCAGAAACUUCUUCCAUCACAUAUACAAUCCAAACCAGAGAUUCAGAAGCGGCUGAAUAUGAUGAGACCUGGACGAGGAUGCCUUUUAGUGUUCUCAGGUUUCGAUGCCACACAGGAGGAACUGGGCAUCAAUUCUAACAACACGUGGCUCUUUAAGUCUAACGAUAUGGAUGUCAUGAUGGAUGAGUUCUUCAGUAUGGGGAAGGACGAAGCUCCAGAUAACGUUCCCAUGAUUCACUUUACGUUUCCAUCUGCCAAAGAUCCCACGUCGAAGAUCCGUCACCCAGGUAAAUCUUGCAUGACCAUUCUGACAGUGGUUAAUUAUGAAUGGUUUGAAGAGUGGAAGGACACUCCAGUGAGAAAAAGAGGGGAUGACUAUUUAGCGUACAAGAUGAGAUUUGCCCACAAUCUCUUUGACUGGGCCUGCAGCCAGUACCCCAAACUGAGAGACAAGCUGGUAUAUCAGGAGGUCUCCACUCCGUUGUCUAACACACACUAUCUUGGUCGUUACCUCGGAGCCAUGUACUCAGCUGAGCAGAACUUGGAGCGCUUCCAAGCAGAAGCCAUCGCCAGAAAUCGUUGUGAUACCCCUGUCAAAAAUCUCUUCAUUUCAGGUCAGGAUGUGUUUAGCUGUGGUAUUGAAGGUGCAUUACACGGUGGCCUUCUCUGUGCCUCCACGGUGCUCAAACACAUUGUGUACAUCGACCUCUUGAUGCUAAAGAAGAAACUGAAGAGGAAGAAGGCGAGGGAAACUGCUGAACGGGUCAAAAAGCUGCUGUGAAUCAGAGGGAAAAUCUACAGCAGCUGACGGAAGCAAUGACCUGCUAAUUAGUGGCACAAAUGAAUUUGUUUAUUUUACAUAGCCAAUCAGCAUUUUAUCUUUAUUACAAAAGGCUUAGUCCAAGUUGGGAAAUAUGCAAACUUCAGGUCAGAAGUCAGAAGAGAAAAGUCAUAUUCAUGGUAAAAUUACAUCCUGCAAUAAAAUAAUUUAUUUUGGAAAACCACAGCAUGCAGUUACAGACGUAGCUAUGUAGAAGUCUAGA